CAAGUUUCGUGCCUUCUCUCUGCUCACUUCCCGCUCAGUUGUUCUGAAUUGAGUUUAGCUAAAAGCUGCUGCUCAGACACAACCGACCUCCAAAAGCAUAGAUACAUCAAGAACUACAGAAAAGCACGACAGGUUACGACACUUCUCAUCGUUGUGCCGUGCCGUACCGUACCGUACCGUAACGUAACGUAACGUAAAGUGCGGCAUGUGAGGUAAACGUGGUGAGUUUAGCAGCCGAAAGAAAACAAAAAAAAACAAAAACCCUGGCAUCAUUUCCUGGGACCUGAGACCUUUUUCUGGGCUGUGAAACUUUAGAUCCCGACUUCCUCAGAAGUUAGAUGGUUGCUCCUAAUGCAACGUGGCGAACUAAAGGGCACCACCGUUAUGGAAGGACCUGCCUGAGGAUCUUAGGCCGACAGACUCAGCAUCAUCUGUUAAGUCACUUCUGAAAACUCAGCUUUAUCAUGGAGAACUACAGUAAGGCUCGGACGGUGGAGCAGCCAUCUGUCUGUCCCUUCCCCGGCCUCCCCCCCGAGACGCCGGAGGUCCGCGUCAAAGACGGCAGCAAGAUCCGCAACCUGCUGCGCUACACGCUGAGCCGCGUGGAGGCCAAGCCCCGAGCAGCUGAAGAGGAGGCACGACCCACGCCUGAGGAGGGAGGCACGGCUGUGGAGGGACAACAGGACGCGCCGGGCCGCACGCUCUGCAAACAGAUCAUCUUCACCGCGAGCGGUAAGGGCAUCUCCAAAGCCAUCACCUGCGCUGAGAUCGUGAAGCGGCGCGUGAAGGGGCUCCACCAGCUCACCAGGCUGCAGUACGGCACUGUGGUGGAGGUGUGGGAGCCGCUGGAGCCCGCCGCCGGCCUCGACAGCCUGACGGUCAGCAGGAACCUGCCCGCCAUCUGGAUCCUCCUCUCCAGAGAGCCGCUGGACUCCAGCCAGCCCGGAUACCAGGCGCCAGGCCGAUACGACGCCCUGUGGGCUCAGUCCACUAGCAGGGAAGAGGGUGGAGGGUUCCCUGGACAGAGACCAGGAAGGAGGAAGAGAGGAGGAGGCGGCGGCGGCGGCAGAGGAAAGGGACCCGGCCGUCAGACUGGACGGUCCAGAGAGGCAGCUAAAUGACGGAGUGGAUUUCGAUUUUUACUAACUGCAUGGACAUGAAGAAGACUGGAACGCUGUGAGGGAGCGCGAAGCCAACGCUCGGUGGACACGUAAAGGACGGGAGCUGCGGUUUGAUUAGUUUCAGUUUCUGAGAAAAUCUGCGUAAAGAGACUUGAAAUUCGUUGCCGAGAGAUAAUCCAUCAAAGUCAGCAUUUACUCCACUGUUUGUUCGUUUCAUUUCAUUUAGCCAUUAUUAUAAUUCCAAUUAUUAUUAUUAUUAUUGCAGAGGCUUCUUUCAUCUUUACUAUUCUUGGAAGCAGAAGCUGACAAAACCAUCUCAACUCAAGGUCCACUUACUUGUUCAGGAGCUUUUAACUGUAUCACACAGUCUUCAUGAGUAAGUAAACCUUUGAGUUGAGAUUGUUUUUGUCAACAGCUGUUUCCAAAGUCCCAAACAACCCGUUAGACAUGGACGAGAAGACCUGGUGAUGCUUAAAAAUCCCACUUCCAUGGCACCUGAGCGAACUCGCCCUGCUGACAGGGACCGAGUAAUGUGGUGACAGGUCCAGGUCAAGUGAGCGAGCGGACCUUGAGUCGAGGUUGUUCUGUCGGCCGCUCGAUGUAAGUUUGGGUUGUAGUGUUGGAUCACGUUUGAGUAACCGAGCGCAACUCACCCUGUAAUGAUCUCUCCUGUACUGCAGAGAGCCGACAGUAGCCAGGUUACCGAGGUGCAGCGGAAACACUCUGGCUACUGAGGGUUUCGUCUUUAAAUUAAAGAAAAAAAAAAAUUAAAAUCAAAUGCAGAAGCCAAACACUGGUGUAAAGAGAAACCUGAAUUCAGUUGUUUCUUCCAGCCAAUCGUGAAAUCUGAGAUGCCGAAGCUUUUGUCAGCGUGUGAAUAGCGAGAGUUUUUACAGAACGUACAUAAACACGCGACAACCAUAGUCAGUGACUGUGGCAAACAACCGACGGCAUCCAGAAGUUGACUGUGAUGGAUCGGCCGCGUGUGACCUAGAGUCUAAACCACCAGUUCCAGCGCUCUCAAGACAGCGGUCUGCGUUUUGAUGUGUUCUCCACCAAAGUACAACUCCCAUCAGCUUUUGUUUUUCCUGGGGAAUGCUUUUAGUGCUUAAGGGGUUUCACCCAAUGCGAAUCUUUGAGGAGACGGGCAUUAUAUUUCGUUUUCUGUGCACUGAAAUAAGCUUAUUACAGUAUGAACGCGCUGUGUCGGUGCCUGAAUUCUGAGCUCUGAAAAUGAGUGUGUGUUUUUUUGUUGUUGUUGAUUUUAAGUGAAUAAAAACAAGCUUGUUU